UUUUUGUUUUCAUUUUGAUUUAAUUGUAAAGUUUAUUGCCAAGGCAACCUAAUUUGUGAAAUAAAUUAGGUAGGUGUGCAAAAAAAAAAAUGCAGCACUAAUAAUACCGGUAUUAUCAUAAUUAUUACAUUCAAUUUGACGAACAAGUCGAGACAAAAAAAAAAACGUCUUGACAGCAUGCAUCAUCUCUUCACUCAGGAGAAUUAAUCUGACAUGACAUCUGGUCAAAACAUUUUAUUUGGUACCUAUAUGUGUUCAAUGUGUUUCUUAGUCAAGCACACGGAAGGUUACACCUCUAAAAUAGUAAAGCCACUGCUGAGCACAUCUGGAAUUUCCCCUUUCAAACAGGAAAGACAAGCUCACGACGCUAUAAAAGCACCGUCUCAAACAGCUCGUCCAGUGUGAGAAGAGAUUUCUACUGCCGGACACUCAGAGAAACGAUUUUUCGUAGCGAUUUUUACUGGAGCUUGAAGGUCGAAGGGACUGUGAACAGAUACAGAGUCUGUUCACCCAAUGAUAUUUCACUGCUUUCCACAGCAAUCAGGCAGCACCAAAAUGGCAGAGCAAAAGACCUUUAUUAUUCAGAACCGUGAGCGGAUCCAGGCAGUGGAGAACACCUUUGGCCACACCGGAAAGAUGCUUCAAAAACCGGGACGUAUUCUGGUGGGAGAGGGCUGCUUGUUAAAGCUGUGCAGACGUGGACCCAAACCCAAAGCGUUCUUCCUCUUCAAUGACAUGUUGGUCUACGGUAGCAUCAUGGUGCCCGGUCGCUGGAACAGUAAUCAGAAGAUCAUUCCUUUGGAGGAUGUGCAGCUGGAAAAUCUGGAAGACGGAAUGGCCAUGCCCAACCAAUGGCUCAUCCGCACACCACGCAAGUCUUUCUACGUGUCUGCAGCCUCGCCUGAGGAAAAGAACGAGUGGAUAGUGCAUAUCGAGCAGUACAAGUCCCUCUUAGUGCAAGCUAAGGGCCUCCCCACUGACAAUGCUGAAGGGAACUUCGCUGCCGCCUGGAUCCCUGACAUGGCAUCAGCCAUCUGCAUGCGCUGCUCCCAGCGAUUCAACGUUGCCAACCGGAGGCACCACUGCCGGAGGUGCGGUUAUAUAGUAUGUAGAGCUUGCUCAAAGAGCCGGGCCUUGCUGCCGAACAUCUCCUCCAGGCCGGUGAGAAUUUGCCGGGCCUGUGUGAGCAGCGUUCAUGAGGGAAAAGAGCAAGGCCAUAAGAGAGCUAAGGGAAAGCACUGGAAGAAGAACUCCAUGGACGACACAGAAACAGUACCUGAGUUUGAGACGUCCAGUGAUGAGGAGAUCUGUGAGCAGGGGUACCAGGUGGCCACCAAGUGGUUCAAGAGCCCGGAGGAUGAGGAUUACUCCCCAUACUGCUACUUAAAGCCCGAGCACAUGAAUCCUCCCGACAGUGGACUCUCAACUGGACAGAUGUGAAAAAAGUAUUAUUAUGAACUAUGCUCAAACUCAUCACGUGUUGCACCUGUUUAAAGAACAGAGACUGAGAUGAAUAGCAGUAAUUAUUAAGUAUUUUGCAAAAACGUGUUCGAGUCAAUUUUGCGACUUAUGUUUUGCACUUGUAUUUUUGUAUUGGUAUGUAUGAAUAUUUGAAUGUAUGUAUAUCGAAAUGUUUAUAUUAUAGCUUAUAUAUAUAUAUUAAGGGACGAAUGUGACUUGCAAUCAGUACAAUAAGCAUUAUUAUAAAAUACUUUGGUUAGUGUAUUAAACACACAUACACACACGCCAUUCUCUGUGAUUGUAAAUGUUUAUUUAUAAACUGAAGAAAUAAUUAAAAUGAUUCUCAAUUUCAA